UGUACAUAGUACCUACAUCCCAUGUGAACUACAUACAUACACUACAUGUACGAUUGGAUCUACAGUACUUGCACAACUAUUAAAUGCUCGGGAUUCCGGGUGUUCAUGGUGUCCGGUUUACAUACAGUAUGUGCAUGCUCGGUAGUACUGCUGCUACUAGGCAGCCCAACACUAGCCCAUUUUCAUACGAUAGGUAAGAGUGAUUGGGAGGCUAAUGACUGCCUUAUGUACAAGUGUGAGAGAAGUAGAGCCAAUGGAUUGGGCUGAGAAGUCAUGAUAGUUACAUACUAUGUAUGUGUAACUAUGUAUCGGUUGACCUUGGG